AUGAGACCAAGAUGUUCGAGAUGGUGGAUGGCACGCGUCACUGCUGUAGCCUUAGCAACAACUAUCUGUGUGUACAUUAUGUCACUGAAGAGCUUUCAGAUAUUGAAACCACCAAAAGUGAGACAGAAAACAGCAGCUGUCCAUGAUCAACCGUUCCAAAGAAAUAUCUUUUCUAAAUGGAUUUCCGGCGUGAAGGAAGUGAAUAUUCCUCCUUACGUGCCUCUCCAUAAAGUCCUGUCAGACCUAAGACCUACCGAAUACACCAAAAGAAAAGACACUCUUAUUCGGCGUGGAUUUGGCCUUGAUGAUUACGUCACCGAAAACGGAGAGGAAGCCUGGAUUGAGAAUGGCGUCGUGUACCGAUCUUACCCAUAUCUCGAACCUGCGGAAAAUAAAUACUACUCUGCACACUUUGAACCCUACAUUCCCUUUGACCCGGAAGUGUUUUUUCAAGGGCAAAGAGAAAAAGUGGAAAUGUUUAAAGAAACAACAGAAAGAAACGGGAGAAAACAGGUUCAAGGGACAAAGGUGAAGAGGAAGAUCAUACUGUGGUACAUCCAGAAGAUGAGUGCGCCGAAACUGGGCGAUCUGCAGCCUCUGAGGAUGUGUCCUGAUCUACCGUGUCUGCAGACGUCCAACGAAGCUUAUGUGGAAGAUAGUGCAGCUAUGAUCUCUCUUCUUAAUACGUGUGCACUUAUGUUGAUUUUACUCGAUCAUACCCUGUUUGGUAUACCUUUAUCUCAUGAGUUGUUGUCAACCGGAUCGAUUAUCGAAAAUAAUAAGCACCAUAACUUGUGGGUUGACCUGUGUGACGUCUCACCGUCCCGGGGCGAGUGGAGGCAUCACAAUAUAAUGAAACCCACUUUAUCCGGGGGAAACCCCCUAUACUUCCUAACUCUGUCAUUAUUCCUUACAGGCCAGUACAUCUUCGGACACCCACCGGCCCGACGACCCGACCAAGUCCUCGUCUACUACCAAAUCGAACCGCCGGGGCCCAAACACUGGAGUCAUGGGGGGCCCCAUCGGUCGCCGGGGUGGUCAUCUGCCUUCAACUGGACAAUGUCUUACCGCCUGGACUCAGACGUUGUGACGCAUUACGGGCUGGUGCGGCGCAGGAGGAAACCCAGGGCGCCGCGGAACUAUGCCGAGAUCUUGGGCAAUAAAACGAAACUGGUGGCGUGGAUCACGUCAAACGACGAGACGGCCAGCGAUAGAGAAGGCUACGUUAAAGAGCUCCAAAAGCAGGGAAUAGACGUAGACAUUUUCAAACAUCAUCCAAACUGUACUCGGCUUAGAGACCCGGAAUGUACUGCUAUGGUAGGGCAAAAGUACAAAUUCUACUUGGCACUUGAAAACUCUUACUGUCAGAAUUACAUAACAGAAAAGUUCUAUAAAUACUUUGACCUAGACCUUGUUUUGAUAACGCUCGGGGAGAAUGAAUAUUCAGAAAUUGCCCCCAAAGAGACGUUUAUAAAUACGGCAGACUAUAAGUCACCGAAAGAACUAGCAAGUCGGCUGAAAUUCUUAGAUUCACAUGAUGACGCUUAUCUACAGAUACUGAAGGAAAAGGACAAAUAUUUUUCGAUACACGAAAACCAUAACGCCUUCCCCGACGGAAUAUUCUUAGAGGAUCGAUACGAGGCUGUCCCUGUCUGCCACUUAUGUCACCGACUUUGGAAUCUGGAUCGAUAUCGUAAAACUAUAUCGAACAUUACAGAGUGGUACAGUGCCUCACGCUGUCGAGCGGCUACGAAUAAUAUUCCCGAUCAUGGAGGCUUCGAAUGACUGUGAUGCUCUUGACUAAAUUGGACUUAAACUUGUAUUGUUUCAGUUUCAGUUUUAGUAAGAGUUUUACGGCACUUGCAACGCAAUACGGUCAAAUAAGUGUCGGCGGAGACGAGAGGUAUUAUAAGAGAGUAACCAAAAUAAAAAAGAAGGAGGAAAGAUCAGGAAGAUAAAAGUUUUUACAGGAAAGAAGGAGCAAAUCACGCCUGUUCACCUGUCAGCCACUUGCGAACUUUUAGUACUUUGAGUACUGAAAAAGAUCACGUGGAUCUUCACCCCGGACCAUGAUGGAGUCAAGGGCAAUGAGCGGACUGAUGAGCUCGCUGGGAAAGCAAAACCAGAAGGGAAGCUGAAAAGGACUUCGUGAGCUUGGAAUUGGAUGGGA